CAAGAUGCCAAACCAUGGAGUUUUCCUGAUGAAUCGCACGACGAAAUACAAAAAUAUUUAUACAAUAGAGAAUUAGGAUUAAAUACGGCAAGGUUACCUCCAAAUUGGUUUAGUAUUGUGUCUCAUCGAAUGCCACAUUUGUUUAAAGAAACUCAGAUUGAUUUGGGAAAUCAUGACAAGAUUUUCUGUUCUCACUGGAUAUCACAUAAUGAAAUUGUUGUAGGAACAAAAUGCAAUAAGCUUUUAAUCCUCAAUGUCGAAACAAAUAAAAGUAUUGCCGUGAAUCCUUCGAGAACUUUACUGGCUAUAGGCGCCGGAAACCCAAUUCAAGUUAUGAUAUAUGAGUUACCUUCGUUUGAACCCGUCAUCGUAUUCUCGGGUCAUAAUGAUUUGGUAUUUUCCGUCGCUUGGCUGGAUGAUAGUCACGUUGUAUCAGGUUCACGUGAUGGUACAGUUCGUCUCUGGUCUAUCGAAUCGAAAAUAAUCUCUGAGAUGCCUUUACUACCAAACAAAUUUAUCAAUGUCCACCAACCGUUGCUCACUAGAUCAGAAUGUGGUGGCAAAGUUCGAGAUUUACAGUUCAAUUCAAAGACAAAUGAAAUCAUGACCCUUUCAACUGCAGGGUAUGUUAGGUUAUGGGACGCAUCAUAUCUUAACCCAGUAACAAAAAUCCCAUUAAUACAUACAAAUGAAAAUGUAUGUUUAUCAAUGAAUUCCAAAGUGAAUUUGUUUGCUGUUGGGUCUCAAGCACAUAUAUCAGUUAUAGAUCCACGAACAUCUUCCAUAGUUCAUGAGAUUGAUUCUGUAGAUGAGGGUUGGGGUGUUCGAUCCUUAAACUUUAAUGACCAUAUAAUUACAACUGGAGGUGGUUACGGAAGGCUUUCAUUUUAUGAUAUGCGUGCACAAAACUAUCUUCUAUUCAAUACAUCCAAUAAUGAGUCUUCGGUAACAUGUAACUAUAAAGAAACAGGUUCUGGUUGGUUGAAUGCUAUUUAUACACUUUCAUAUGAUGAAUCAGGUACAAUACUGUUUACAGGUGGUGGUCCAUUACAACUUGGACUAAAAGGCUCACAUGCAACAAUUUGGUCAUAA